UGUGUUUUGAUUUUUGAGAAGAAAGAAGCAAUUUCUAUCUUAUCCAUUUGUCAUGUGGUCGAUUUGGAUAGUUGCGCUUAGUUUGAUUCACUAUGGAUAUACUCAGACAGUACCUAGAGUUUGUCCGCCUAUACUGAAUCCUAUAACUGAUUGCUCGACAGCUAAAUUUAGUUCCGAUUGCGCUGGAGAAGACUCCGAUUGUGAAGAGGGUUUGAAAUGCUGUCCAUCGGAAUGUGGAUCACAAAAUUGUAGAAAACCUCUAUUGCAGGUUUUAAUACCAGAACUGAAGCCUGAUUCAGGUUGUGAUAUUGGAGAUCCUCUUCCUAACGUUUUCUGUGGCAGGGAUCAACCAAAUUGUCCUACAGGAUAUCACUGUAAGAUCAGUCCAUUUGAUGCAAAAAAUGGAAUAUGCUGUAAAGACAAUGAACCGACGGCUUGUUAUGAUUGCUGUGGAGCUCCUCCGUGUUGUAGCACAUGUAUACGUUGCGAUGUUGGAGAUCCUCUUCCUAACGUUUUCUGUGGAGAGGAUCAGCCAGGUUGUCCUAAAGGAUAUCAGUGUAAGAUCAGUCCUUUUGAUGAAACAAAUGGGAUAUGCUGUAAAGACAAUGGUAUUUUGUAGUUUGAACUCGGCCAUAUUGUAAAGUCGACUAGAAAUUUAAAUUUGACUCUACACUCGGACUGCAUUCGAUAUAAAGAAAGUUGAAAAUAUUUUUACCAUAAUUCAGAAGAGGAAACAAACUAAAUUGUGUUGCCUGCUUUACUAAUCAUGAUCUAUUGUAUGUUUAUAAUCCUAAAAAAUAAAGAUUUACAAGUA